AUGCCAACCGUUCCCUCUUUCCGCAAGAUGAACCACAACCCAGAUCUCUUGAAGAACCUCCCUGCCAAUUUCUUAGCCGGCCACGACAAGCUCUCGCGCGAGCAAGCUGGACACCUACGGCAUUUCCACAACCUCGCGACCCAAAGGGACGGCGAAUGGGGGGUUAUGGGGUCCCAAGACCCCGGACAGGAGUGGCUUGAUGCCUACCGCUACCAGCUAGCCACAAUGGCCUAUGCAGCUGGGGCAGCGCACUUCCACCGCCUACCUGCUCUGCGGUCAAUCUUCCAGUCUCUUAUUAGUGGCCUUAUCCAUAAAAUGCUUCGCAGAGAGGUCUGGGGAUACUGGUUUCUAACAAGCCAUAGUGGCAAGUUUGUAGACCCGGAUAUUAAAAAACUGAGACAACCAUGGGCAGAUCCUGUUCUUAAGGAGAAUAUCAUGUACUCCGGCCAUCUUCUCCUCAUGGUGUCGUUGUAUACGAUGCUUUUCAACGAUGACAAAUAUAAUCAGGAAGGGGCGCUCACCUUCAACUGGAGCCCAAUAUUCUGGGGCAUGGGAUCGGAGAAGUUUUCAUAUACCCGCGAAUCUCUCCAAAAGGCCAUCUUGGCGGAAAUGGAGCGUGAGAAGUGGCUCGGUGUCUGCUGCGAGCCAAACUGCAUUUUCAUUGUUUGUAAUCAGUUUCCGAUCAUUGCUAUGAGAUACAAUGAUGUUCGGGACGGCACAAAUGUUGCAACCGAGGUACUCAGUAAGUACACAGCUGCUUGGGAAGCAAAAGGCAUGGCGGACCCAAAUGGGCUGUUCAUCAGCUGGUACUCGCCAAAACAGGAUACGAAGAUGCCAGCGCUUGAUCUUGGGUUCACAGCUUGGAAGGAGGGAACAAUAGGCAAAGUGUCCCACUUAGGAGCUAACUUUCUGUUCUUCGAAUUUAUCAGGGCCACUGCAUUCAUGAACGCCUGGAACCCAAUCCUUGCAAAUGAGACAUUUCAAGCGCAAUCUAUAGGCUUCCUUACUAGAGUCGACCAUGACCGAAUCAGCAUUAACAGAGGGCCAGUGGCAUUCGCCAUCCGUGAGCUCGCUGACAAGAAAGGAGUCGAUCCAUAUUCCCUCUCAACCAUGGAAAAGGCACGAUUUAUUGUGGCAAACAACCCUACUACGGCAGAGCAUCGAGAACCUUUUCCUCGACCAAUGUUUGGAUACAUCCUCAUGGCCAUGUCCGAAAUGGGUGAUGAAUCAAAACUUGCAGGUUUACUCAAUCAUGUUGAUCGAUUCUUCCAGCCAACUUGGCGAAAUGGGGGUCUCUACUACCCUGUUAAUGCGGAACAGCAUGACAAAGACGGAAAUUGGACAGAGGUUGAACCAUUUACGGGAAACGGCGCUGUUGGCUAUGCGCGGUUGACAGUUCUCGAUGGUCAACGGAAGAUGUGGGAGGAGCCUUGGUCUGCAGAGCAGGUUUCUCGGGCGCCGCACAUCAGUGGCAUUGAUCUAGGCAGUGGGGGGGAUUUCCUGAGAGGCUGCUGGGAUGAAUCGCAUCAGGCGAUGGUGGUGACAAUGCGGACGUGGGAUCAGUCGGAAAAGUUGUGA